AUGACCGGCUCAUCACUAUGGCUCUUGCCCCCAAAAGACCACCCCCUCCACAAAAUCCUAACCACCCUCCUCCACGAAACCCUCCCCACCCGCUUCCCCCGCGAAGCCGCCUCCUCCCCGCGCGUCGUCCCACAUUUCUUCCCCACCCACAUCACCCUCACCAACGGCAUCGUGCCGGAGUCUACAUACGGCGCCGACGAGGGAGGCGCGCAGGGCGGUGCACAGGCGUGGUUGGAUUCUAUUCCUUUUCCUUCUUCUUCUUCUUCUUCUACUACUGAUACCGCUGGAGGGGAUGGAGAAGGAAAGGGGGUCAAGGUGAAGGUGAGGUUUGAAAAGGUGGUGAGCCAGGAUGUGUUUUACCGGCGGUGUUAUGUGAAAGUUGGGUUUGAGGGUGUCAAGGAGUUGGCGGGGGUGGCGCGGGCGGUGGGGGUAUUGGGGGAGGGUGUGGAUGUGAAUGCGGAGAGUGGGGAGGUUAAGUUUGGGGAGAAGACGGAGGCUUGGUUGAGCUCAUGGCAAGAAGAGUUUGGGCCGCAUCUGAGCCUCAUGUAUGGCAAUGAGCCGGUCCUGGACGGGGCUGUCCGAGAAGUCCGACGCGUACUGGAAGAUGCUGGUCUCCGACUGUCUGAGAGUGAGAUAGAAACCGUGGAAGGGGCUGGUGGCUUUGACGGUUGGGACGGCGGAGUGAUCUGGCUAGUUCCGACUGACAAGCCCAUCUCGGAGUGGGGGACGCCAAUUGCGACAAGGGAGCUUUGA